AUGCGCACUGCGUCCGGCCGCGCUCCCGCCGCCGGCCCGCAGAGCCCGGCCCGGCCCGGGCUUCCCUCCGCUCCCUCAGGCUUUGCCUCCCGACACCUACAGGUUUACCUCAGCUUUUCCCUCGCCCAGCCCGCGUUGGGCUGCUCCGCGCUCCCCACAGUCACCUCAGGCUGUCCCGCGCAGAGCCUCCCCCCGGCCUGCCCUCGUUCCCCCUCAGCCUGGUUCCAAGACUCCCCUUUCCCCUCAUCCCGCCCCCCAGGCUUUCCUCCUCCGUAGCCUCCCCUUCCCCAUGCCGAGUUGUGGGGGGCUCUAUCCCCUCGGUGCCCCCAGCACAUGGUGAAGCCCCCUGCAUGCAGGGCUGCAGGCCCCGGGGUUAGACUUGCCCCAGCCCCACAGGCUCCCCCCAGUGAGCGUGUGUGGGGUUGAGCUGGACCUUGACUAAAUGGCCUCGGAGGCGGUGAAGGUGAUCGUGCGCUGCCGGCCCAUGAAUGCCCGUGAGAGAGCUCUUCGCUGCAAGGUGGUUGUGAGCAUGGAGAGCACCCGGGGCCAGUGCUUCCUCCAGAACCCCGCCGCCGCCGGGGAGCCCCCCAAGCAGUUCACCUUCGAUGGGGCGUACUGCCAGGAGCACAGCACGGAGCUGAUCUACAACGAGAUUGCCUACCCGCUCGUGGAGGGUGUCACCGAAGGCUACAACGGCACCAUAUUUGCCUAUGGCCAGACUGGCAGUGGGAAGUCAUUCACCAUGCAGGGAGUUGUGGAUCCUUCUGCACAGAAAGGCAUAAUUCCCAGGGCAUUUGAACACAUUUUUGAGAGUGUGCAGUGUGCUGAAAAUGCCAAGUUCCUGGUGAGAGCUUCCUACCUGGAGAUUUACAAUGAAGACAUACGAGACCUUCUAGGAGCUGAUACCAAGCAGAAGCUGGAGCUGAAGGAGCACCCAGAGAAGGGGGUGUAUGUGAAGGGGCUCUCUCUGCACACCGUGCACAGUGUGGUACAGUGUGAGCAGCUCAUGGAGACAGGCUGGGGCAACCGAGCCGUGGGUUACACCCUCAUGAAUAAGGACUCGUCCCGCUCCCAUGCCAUCUUCACUGUCAACAUGGAGAUCUACACUGUAGAUGAGCGAGGGCAGGACCACCUCAGGGCUGCAAAACUCAAUUUAGUGGAUCUGGCAGGAAGCGAGAGACAGUCAAAAACUGGAGCCAUGGGGGAGCGGCUCAAAGAGGCCACCAAAAUCAACCUCUCCCUCUCCGCUCUGGGCAACGUCAUCUCAGCCUUGGUUGAUGGCAAGUGUAAGCACGUCCCCUAUCGAGACUCCAAACUGACCAGGCUGCUGCAGGACUCCCUUGGGGGAAACACCAAGACCCUGAUGGUCGCGUGCUUAUCUCCAGCUGAUAACAACUAUGACGAGAGCCUCAGUACAUUGCGCUAUGCUAAUCGAGCCAAAAACAUCAAGAACAAGCCCUGUAUCAACGAGGACCCAAAGGAUACUCUGCUGAGGGAGUAUCAGGAGGAGAUUAAGAAGCUGAAGGCCAUUCUAGCUGAACAGAUGGGCGUGAAUAAUUUGGCAGGGCUUCUACCUGCUGAGACUGCUCACCUGGCAGCGAAGCCACCUCCCCUCCUCAAACCCCAAAUAGAUCUUGAAGCAGAGAAGCAGCUGAUCAGAGAAGAGUACGAGGAGAGACUGGCCCAGCUAAAGGCCAGCUACGAAGCGGAGCAGGAGUCCCGGGCCCGCCUGGAGGAGGACAUCAGUAGCCUGAAGACUCACUACGAUCUCAAGCUGUCUGCUCUGGAGGAGAACCUCAGGAAGGAAGCAGCUGCCACAAGGACUGAAACUGCUCCUGAUGAGCCACCUUUGCCCAAAGACACUGUUGCUGCAGCAGAUGAAGAACCAAAGCCAGUCCAGGGCCCAGCAGCACCUCAGGCUGUCCAAGACACCGGUGGUGUGAGCAGGAGGAGUGCUGGCACAGGGCUGGCUGUCACUGCUGAGGGGAUGGCUCUGCCUGCAGACCAGCAGCAGGUUCUUGCCAGGCUGCAGGUGCUGGAGCAACAGGUAGUAGGGGGGGAGCAGGCAAAAAACAAGGACCUCAAGGAGAAGCACAAGCGCCGGAAGAGAUAUGCAGAUGAGCGGCGCAUGCAGCUGGUGGCAGCGCUGCAGCAGGCGACCGAGGACAGCAGUGACUGGGUGCUGCUCAACGUCUACGAUUCCAUCCAGGAGGAGGUUCGAGCCAAGAGCAAGCUUCUGGAGAAGAUGCAGAGAAGGCUACAAGCCGCCGAGACCGAGAUCAAAGACCUGCAGCUGGAGUUCGAGCUGGAGAAGAUCGAUUACCUGAGCACCAUCCGCCGCCUGGAGCGAGACCUGAUGCUCUGCCAGCAGCUGCUGGAUCAGGUGCAGCUGCUCGUCCGCCGCGACUGCAACUACAGCAACCUGGAGAGGAUCAAGCGCGAAUCCAUCUGGGAUGAGGAAAACGGCUGCUGGAAAAUUCCAGAGCCUGUCAUCCAGAAAACCCACCUGCCUGCAGCAGUUCCAGCCCUGCCACAGCCCAGACCUUCCCACGACAGCCCCUUGGCCGAGAGCAGAGAGCCAGCGCCCGAGGAAGACCGCUACAAGCUGGUGCUGAACAGGAGCGACAGUGAGACCAUCGCCUCCAACUACUUCCGACCGCGGCGCACCAGCCAGAUCCUGCACCCUGACCCGACCCCAACCCGAGCCGCCCCGGGACCCGAGGCGGCUCUGGGUGCCCGGCCCCGACCCUUCCGCCUCCAGGCCCUGGUCCUCGCUCCCGCCACCGCCACCACCAAGCGCAAGAAGGGCUCCGGCGGGCACCGCGUUUGACUCCGCCGCUGCUGACGGGCCCGGCAGCGCGGGGAGUCGCCAAAUCUCCGCAGUUUUGCACCAAAACGCCCCUGCUCUACAGCAGGGUGCGGGACACAGGUGAGCUCGCUGUCGCCGUGGUCCCCCGCAGGCUGUACCCUGCGCCGCUGCAAUAAACCAGUCUGACACCGCCA